CGACUCGAUCCGAGCGGGACUUUUUCUCUGGGAAGCUUUUCUUUUUGAUUUAUUGACGCGCGUCCGAGCGCGCGGCCCCUAUCAUGAAGUUUCCGUCGCCGGAAACCCUCUAUAUAUGCAUGGAGCUGCUCGUCGCCGUGUCGUCGGUGGUCGGUAACGUGAUGGUGGUGUGGGCCGUGCGCAUCAACCGCUCGCUGCGGGACACCACCUUCUGCUUCAUUGUCUCCCUGGCCUUGGCUGACAUUGCGGUGGGCGCGCUGGUCAUCCCCCUCGCCAUCACCAUCAGCGUCGGACCCCUGACGCACUUCUACAGCUGCCUGCUGGUCGCCUGUACCAUGCUGGUCCUCACGCAAAGUUCCAUCCUCGCCCUGCUGGCCAUCGCCAUCGACCGCUACUUGAGGGUGAGGAUCCCCAUGAGCUACAAACGAGUGGUGACCCGUCGGCGAGCCGGCACGGCCGUGUUGCUGUGCUGGCUGGUAUCCAUCCUGGUGGGCCUCACGCCGAUGUUCGGCUGGAACAACCUGCGGCAUGUCCGUAACAAUGGUUCCCUGAUGGUGAUCUGCCAGUUCGAGACGGUCAUCAGCAUGGACUUCAUGGUCUACUUCAACUUCUUCGGUUGGGUGCUGCCCCCCCUGCUCCUCAUGCUCCUCAUCUAUGUGGAGAUCUUCCACAUGAUUCACAAGCACCUCAACAAGAAGGUGACAGUGAGCCAUGUGGACCCCAGCCAUUACUUUGGCAAGGAGCUCAAGCUCGCCAAGUCCUUGGCCCUCGUUCUUCUACUCUUCGCGGUCAGCUGGCUUCCCCUUCACAUCCUCAACUGCAUCACUUUAUUUUGUCCGGCGUGUAACAAGCCAUCGUUCCUCAUUUACGUGGCCAUCCUCCUGUCCCACAGCAACUCCGCCGUCAACCCCGUCGUGUACGCUUUCGGCAUUAGGAAGUUUCGCACAUCCUUCGGGAAAAUUUGGAAACAGUACGUUCUGUGUCGGGAUUCGGACGGUCAGCUUCCUCAAAGUGUGAGUCAGAAGAGACACAGGCGCGACGAUCUCGAAAACGACAAUGAUGAUGAUGUGUGAUCUUUGGCAACUAACAUCUACCCUACUCUGUGACCUCAAAGCCUGAGGAAAUACAGACGGACCUCAGAAAGCUUCUACUGUAGAUCGAACUCUCCGUUCCUUGUUUCCUGGCGCCAACUGGCCACGGGGAGUGGAGCACAUGAGUGUUUUGGCUUGGUUUUGAACAAUUUCCCUUGUGGAUCAUUAAAGUUUGUUUAAUUCUAAGUCUAAGGAUGCCCUUCCUACGCAACCUAGAUCGGAAUCGAACACAUGAAAGGCAGAGGCGCCUCCACCAGAGACUCCGUCCACAACUUUCGAAACUAUGAGUACGAGAUAAUUAGACACUGACUCAGAUGGGAAUGUUUUUGUUGAUGUCUCUACCAGCUACCAGUUGUUGCUGUCAUUCGGGACAAUAGGCUUACCGGGAAUUGGAAUAACUAAACACAGAUCUUGUGAUUCACAUGAAGUAUGACAGUGACCACUCUUUGUAGUUUUCUCAGCAAAACUGAAAUGUGCCACAUUUAGGGCAAUGUGGUAUUGGUUUGACAGUUUGGUAAACUUGUGACGGGCAAAAGGCCAAACAAAUGCUUUGAGAGGGAGAAGAUGGAAUGUUGGCUGCAUGGAUGCAAAAAAUGUGAUCCCUCGGCAUUAGGAAAACACCACAGAAGGUGUGACUGAGGUCAGAUUGAUAAAGCUACCAACCACUAGUUGUGUGUCCAUUGCAGUUUUUUUGCAAAAUAAAAGCAACAUUUAAAAAAAUUCGACAAAGUACAUUUUCGACUCAUAAGUGCUUCCAUUAAAGGCUGUUUUGAGGCAGUUCUCAAAACAGAAGAUGGACGAUUUGCGAUUCCAUCCUUUUGGAGCUGGGAUUGGAAUUGCAGCCACUGCUGUUGCCAUGAUUGUCAAUUGCUGGGAUGUUACUGACGUCACGUCACAAACCGUACUAGCCGCCAUUUAGCCUUUCUCGAAGAAAAAAUGCCCUAAGCUUGCGUUGUUUCGGCUGUAGGAACCGUUCAAAUCGCAAAAAGGAUAAAAGUUUCUUCAGUGUUCCUCGAGAGGUCAUCAAAAAGGGCGGAAGAGUGCAAGAUUUUACGAAACAACGACCAGAAAAGCUGCUCACACUCCAGUCCAAGAUAGCAGAGUCGAAGAAUGCACGAGUUUGCAGUAAUCACUUUGUUAAAGGUUUGUUUGAUAUACUUUUAACGUUCAAUAUUUCCCAUUAAUGUAUUAUCUUGAUAUUCUUUGUAUUUCUUAAACACAUGUUUGCUAUGAGCACCACCUCGGCGAGUCUAAAUAAAAGAAAGCAAAUGUCAACAAAACCUAAAAGAUUUAGGUUUUUACCAAAGACAACAAUCAUAAAUGAAUCUUUCAGCACAUACACAAUGUUGACAUCUAUAGUUAUAUUGUGAUGAACAAUCAUAAAUUAAUCUUUCAGCACAUACACAAUGUUGACAUCUGUAGUUAUAUUUUGAUGAACAAUCAUAAAUUAUUCAUUCAGCACAUACACAAUGGUGACAUCUAUAGUUAUAUUUUAAUAAACGACCAUAAAUUAAUCUUUCAGCACAUACAACAUUUUAACAUCUAAAGUUAUAUUUUGAUAAACAAUCAUAAAUGAAUCUUUCAGCACAUCCACAAUGUUGACAUCUAUAGUUAUAUUUUGAUAAAGACGGGGGAAACAUGCUACUCGUAAAUGGUGUGUGUAACAACAACAACAAACAUGGCUGUGACACAAAGUUCAAUCAUAAAAUACAACUUUAUCCGAGCAAAAACUAGGCAUGUUUAUCCAGGAGAGUCUUGAUGCCAUUGUCCUUGACUGAGACACACACAAAGAAGAUGUAGACCUCCAUCUUUUCCAAGUUUUCAUCUGUUUUGUCGUGUAGAAUGAUGUGUGGUGGAAUUUCUGACCUUUGAACCAUAUUUUGUGUCUGUCGAAGUCCGAAAAGAGAGAGAGGUCGAAAAC